GUUAAUGUCAAUGGGUUGUGGAAUUCCAUCGUUUGCUGGAUGUGCAUGCAUGAACAAAUCCAUUCUUUAUUUGAAACUUCAACACGUGUUAAUGCAGAAGAUAUUCACUGGAGAAACGUUGGGAGAAUUUUGGACCGGCUACCAGCUCAUACAUUUUCAUCGACAAAGCACAUUCGCUUGGGGGUAUACCGACAUGGCAACAGACAAAAUAACGGAGGCUUAUGAUUUUGGAUUAAAGCAUGGAGCAAAUGAACUGGCGCAUUACUACGAUGAAUGGGCUACUGCUGGUAGCUAUGAUAAGAUACUGAAAAAUGGUGGCUACCAGGGACCUACCGCUGUUGCCUCCAUACUCAACAGACGUGUGGAGGAUAAGACAAAGAAGAUUCUAGAUAUCGGAUCUGGAACUGGGAUGGUCGGUGAAGAGCUUGGCAAGGUGGGUUUCACCAAUAUAUUCGCAGUGGACCCAUCCCAGGAAAGCCUCAACGUGUGUAAAUCCAAGGGCGUCUACGAGGACUUUGUUCACAGCUUCGUUGGACCUGCGCAAGUACCUUUUGAAGAAAAUUCCUUUGAUGGAGCCGGAUCAAGCGGCACCUUUCUUCCUGGUCAUUGCGAUGGGACGUCAUUGAAAGAAGUGGUUAGACUCGUUAAACCAGGUGGCGUCAUUGUAAUCGCAACGAGGAAGACAUUUUAUACCGAGAAGCCAGGCGAAUGGAACUGGAGCGGUACCGAUGGCCCAUCCCAGGAGAAGCAGAUCGACUUCAAUUAUCGCGCCAUCUCAGAUGAGCUGGUGUCUUCCCGGCAGUGUUCUUUGGUCUUGGAGGAUAUUCCAGGUUAUUCGCAAGGGGUGAUGGGAUUGGCGAUGAUAUAUACGGUGCUUUGAUAUCACACACGUCCCCCGGCCCCCUUUGCCCGGGGGGGGGGGGGGUAUGAAAGCGUCCUUGGCCAUGUUGAGUACGUUUGACACCACUGAGCGUUAUGAAUUAUAUAACUUUCUGAACAUGCAUCGAAGAAAUUCUUUAUUUACACGCAGUUGAUGUAUUAUGUUUAGUUUCUUAUAAUAUAAGAUGUGAAAUUUAUAUUUUAUAUACGGGUUCACAUACGUGUAUUUAUAUUUACAGUGGCUUUAUAAGAUUCCCGAUUCUUAAAUCUGUCAUGAAUAGCUUACUGGACGUUCUGGCGAUCGACUUUGUCCAUCAUCCCCCCUAUGUGUGUCUCACACUUUAAUGCUUAAGUUCAUACUUCAUGGCUCAUGCAUGUAUUAUAUAAGAUCCUUUAUUUCAUGCCAUAGAUGUAUGAUUAGUUCAAGUUAAUUCAUUCAAACCAUAUGAAAAAAUUCCAAUAAAUGUA